AUGCGUCAGGCUAACUACGAUCUCGACAGGUCCAUCGCCGCAUUCUUUUCAAGCUCAGGAACGUCUGCGACGAGGGAGCAAUGCGACGAAUUUGCAAGACGCAAGUGGGGGGGGGGGCCGGUCCAUCCUGUUCCGCUCCAGGGCAUGGCCAGCUAUACUGUGAGGGCAGGGUCUAACAAAGUUGUCCAGUUCCGAGAGCAAAGCAACUCACUGAAUGAGGGGAUGGUGGCGCUGGCCAGAGCAGCUCAUCCCGAUGUCGUGGCCAGCUGUACCUUUCAUGGGCUUAUUGGUGGAUCGCCGUCAGAUCCCCAAGCAAAGGCAAAUGCACUCGCAAUAUACUCAAUAACUAACCUCCUGGGAAACAACUAUAUGUACAUACGCAGCUCUUUGGCGGAGAGUUUGCCACUCCAGCAAGCUACUGUGAAAAGUCUGCCUUCCGUCGCUCAAAUACAGGGCAUUCUUCCAAUGCUCUGUUCCGGGGAGUAUCCAGUAGUCCUCACCCACGGCGACCUCAACGAGAUGAACAUCCUGGUCGACCCUGCGAGCGGCAAAAUCACGGGAGUUGUUGACUGGGCUGAGGCAAGCUUCCAGCCGUUUGGUUUUGCGCUUUACGCGCUAGAUAAUGCUCUCGGCAGCAUGGGCCCUCAGGUGUGGGAAGAUUUUGAUAACGCCGACUCUCUGAGGGACGAAUUCUGGAGCACCUUUAGCAGGCUGGUUGGGGGGCUGUCUGAGUCUAUGAUGGAGUCUAUUCGGCUGGCGAGAGUGGCUGGAUUGCUUAUCCGGUACAGGGUCCGGGAUCCGUCGGGUGCUUCUCUUCGAUAUCUCGACGCGCUUCUUUUGGGCUAA